GGGAACCUUCAUUCUGCAUCAGUAAGCUUUGAACAAAGUGAGUGCAUUUGCUUGUGAGAAGAAGAGAGGCUAAGAUGAUUACUGAGGCUGUUGUUUCCUUUGUGGUAGAAAAAAUCGGUGAUUUCCUUGUCCACCAAGGAUCCACCCUCUUCGAAGUCCAUGAUCAGAUCGAGUGGAUCAAAGCAGAAUUGGAGUGGAUGCAGGACUUCUUAAAAGAUGCAGACACCAAACAAAAUGACGCGAGGGUGAAGAGAUGGGUGGCUACUGUAAGAGACAUUGCCUACAAAGCAGAGGAAGUCUUCGACAACUUCAUCCUUCAAAUAGAACAAAGCGGGAGAAGAGAGUACCUCAACCACAAGCUAGGGAAGGAGAUCGAAGAGAUAAAGAAUGAACUCACUGAGAUCAUUCGGAGAAGAAAGACUUACGGCAUUGAAAAUCUCAACAACAGUGGAGAAGGAAGCAGUUCCAUGAGCGAAAGUUUGCGAGAGCAGAGGCGGACCUCACCUUUACUAGAAGAUACAGAAGUCGUUGGCUUCCAAGACGACAUAAAAAGCUUGGUGGAACGGUUGAUCGAGGGUGAGUCGUGGCGAUGUGUGAUUUCUAUAGUCGGAAUGGGUGGUCUCGGCAAGACUACUCUUGCAAGGAAAGUUUAUAGUCAUGUGAUGUUAAGAAGCAUUUCCAUGGUUGCGCAUGGAUAUAUGUAUCUCAAGAAUAUGAUGUGAGGGAUCUUCUGCAGAGCAUUAUAAGAUGUUUUAUGAUUCUCACUACAGAACAUCUUCAGAUGAAUGUCACUCAGUUGAAGGAGGAGCUUUUCAAGCAUUUGAAGGCAAUAAGAUACUUUCUGGUGUUAGAUGAUAUUUGGAAGACCGAAGCAUGGAAUGCUUUAGCGACUGCUUUUCCAGAUGUGAAUAAUGGAAGUUGAGUCCUACUUACCACUCGCAACAAAGAAGUAGCUUCAUUUGCAGAUGCCCGGAGCUAUCUUCAUGAGCUGCAACUUCUAGGAGAACACGAGAGCUGGAAAUUAUUUUGCAAGAAGACAUUCGUAGAACAGGAUAGCAGUUGCCCCACGAAUUUAGUGGAGCUG